AUGUCUCCUGUACAUAAGAAAUCUCAUAGACUCCUGCCUUCACAAUAUAACAGACGUCUUCGCUGCUGUUCCUACUCUUACUCCUAUUCCUACUCUCCACACGACUCUUUCGCACGUGCCGAGUGA